CCUCUUUAUAAGCGCCUCUCCCUCGCCUUCACUCGCCACCACCACCCUCCUCCUACCUCACCUCCGCCUCCUCCUCCUCAUCAUCAUUGGUGCUCCAUUGCCACCUCUCCCUCCCUGCGCACGCGCUGGCGCCAUCUCUGAGUUGAGCAGAGCAGGGGGUUCUUCUCUGCUCUCGGGUGGGAGGGAAUCGAAGGCAAGAAGGAUCAAGAAACGUAUCGGAGGAUGCAGUCCAAGCACCGGAUCUUCGCGGAGGACCUGCUCCUGGCGGCGGAGGGGGAGGACCACUUCGACCAGGUCCCGGACUCGCUGGUGCUCCUCAUCUUCAACAAGCUAGCCGACGCGCGCUCGCUGGGGCGGUGCUCCGUGGUGUCGCGCCGCUUCAACGCGCUCGUCCCGCUCGUCGACGACGCCUGCCUCCGCAUCGACCGCGUCAUCCCCGCCGACGCCGACGACGCGCUCGGCCUGGCGGGGCCGCGCCCGCGGGGCGUGCUCUCGCACCUCCUCAAGGCCAUGCUCCUCGCCGUGCUCAAGCCGUUCUCCCACUGCGACGCCGGGGGCAAGUCCGCCGGCGCGGGCCACGGCAAGCACGCGCAGCAGCAGCACCACUCGCCGGCGCAGGUGCUCAAGAACUUCAGCAGCAUCCGCAACCUCCGCAUGGAGCUCCCCGUCUCCGACGUCGGCACCGACGAUGGCGUCCUCCUCAAGUGGAAGGCUGUCUUCGGCAGCACCCUCCAGAGCUGCGUCAUCCUCGGAGGCACCAAGGUUGACCGGGCCGGUGCGGCCACCGCGGCCGCCGCCGACGACCACGAGUCGGAAGACGACAGCGGCAGCAUACCGGAGUCGUUCUACACCAACGGCGGGCUCAAGCUGCGCGUCGUGUGGACCAUCAGCUCCCUCAUCGCCGCGGGCACACGGCACUACCUCCUCCGCGAGAUCGUCAAGGAACACCCCACCCUGGAGCGCGUCGCGCUCACGGACGCUCACGGGCAGGGCACGCUCGCCAUGGACCGCGACCAGCUCAAGGAGUUCACGGACAAGCCGUUCGCCGCGGCCGCGGCCGCCAACCGCACGCAGGUGCCCGCCUGCAACAUGAAGCUCCGGUACGCACCACUGCUGGAGCUCUCGGACGGCACGAGGAUCCACGGCGCCACGCUCGUGGUGAUCAAGCCCGUCGGCGAGGUCGGUGGCAUCGGCGGCGGCAGGAAGGAGCUCGACGAGUUCGUCGCCGGCGCGUUCGACGGGCCCUUCCGGGAGGCCGUGGGCGCGCUCAGCAAGCGCCGCGCGUACCUACUCGAGAUGAACGGUUUCUAGUCUAGCGAGCGUGUGCAACAGCAAUACCACCACAGCACACCAAUCGCAGUGGGCAAUGGCCAUUAGAUUGCCCUGCUCCUGCUCGCAUCAGCUCAGCUCAGCUCAGUUCUGAUCAGUGGCAUAGUGAGGUGUUCCUCCUUGUAACAAUCAACGCUAAUGCCUCCUCGAUUUCUCUUUACUGCCUUGGUGAUACGAUAAAUGGAUGAGUCGGUGAAUGGAAUGAAGCAAUCACAUUUUCAUUCAA